AUGAAACUCCUCACUCUCAAUUUCCUCACCUGCGCUCGCAAGGCCUGCAAAUCCUCCCCGGACGCCUUUCCCCUGCAUCCCAAAGAAGCCGAACUCGAACAGGUGGAAACCGACUGCAAUCCCCUCUUGAUCAAGAACUUACUCCCGAGACUGGAUUGGAAUGCCUUGAAAAUCUUGACGAAUGAGGUAUGCAUGAUAUGUUCUCUCUCUCUCUUUUUCUUCAUUCUUGGUCUGGGAUUAAUUAAGAAUUUCCACACACCCUGAAACAAUGAUUAAUUUUCUUUCUCCCACAGCUCGGCCUCCCAAAUCUACCGGAACAAAUCCCCAAUUCUUCAGAACUCUUCAGCAGCACAUCAUCGGAGGGUGAGGGUGAUGAAGAAGCAGCAGCGGAAGAACCGACGCAGACACUCACGGAUCUCCACACGCUGUUGAUGGAGACGUGUAUCGCGAGUGGGAAAUUGGCUUGUGGGCAUUGCGGGCAUGAGUAUGCGGUCAAGGAGGGGAUUGCGAAUUUCUUGUUGCCUUCGCAUUUGGUCUGA